CAGCGAGUGGAUCUUAACGAUGAGUUGUUAAAAGUUGUCGGAUUUUUGUUUUGUUUUUUUUUUUUGGGUAAAAUGAACUGUUUACCGGAUAUCGAUGUGGAUCGGCUGAUUUGUGCUGUGAAAUCUAAACCGGUGCUAUGGGACAGAACAUGUGAAAAGUACAAGGAUAAAUUGAAGACGCAAGAAGCGUGGAAAGACGUUUGUAUUGAAAUUGUGGCCAAUUUUGUCGAAUUUGACGAUAUUAAAAAAACCGAAGUGGGUAAACACGUUCUGAAGAAGUGGACGCAAGUGCGGCAUUCAUACCAAAAGUCGAUUGCUAAAAGUAAGGUAAAAUCAGGAGGAAGAGCAUCAAAAGCGAAAGCCUACAUUUAUGCAUCUCAGUUGCAGUUCCUGGACAAGAUAUUUGAAGAAAGAGAAACAGAGGAAACUCCCUCAGAAAAUUUUGAUGAUGUGGAACAUGUUACUGUUAAAAAUGAGAACAUACAGUCAUUUCCAAACAUACCACAUUAUGCUACAGCAGCCAAAAAUCCUGAAUCAUCCCUCAACAAACCUGCAUCAAAAAGAAAUAAAAUGGAUCCUCUUGAAUUAGAAAUCAUAGCAGCUCUGAAGGAAAAACCAAAUAGGCACCUUUCAUUUUUCAAAGGAUUACUCCCUUCUCUUGAAGAUUUCGACGAGUGUGAUACACUUGAUUUUCAAAUGGAGGUGCUGAAAAUAGUGAAAAGAAUCAGGCAGCGGAAGCAUCCUCCACCUUCUGUAUCGGAUAUACCAGAUGCCCCUCCAUCCAGUACUCUACCAACGGACUCUCCAUCUGCUACUCCAUCAUUGGUCGCUAAUCGGUAAACGCACAUUCCUUCCCUGAAUUCUCACCACAGUUCUUCCAAUGAGAGCUCAGAAAAUCCGUUUCAUAUUUUGUAGAAUAAUAUUUGUUUUCAUUUUGCUUACCACUUACUCUUCAUUAUAAUUUGUUUAACUAAAUCUAUUUAAUAAAGAGACUC